AUGAGAAGAGGUUUCGAUGGCAAGAGGGAUGACAAUAGAAGAGAAAGGAAUAUAACAAAACCGGCAUCCAAAGAAAGCCUUACACCCGAAGAGGUCUGGAAGAAUGCAGCCAUGCUUUUGGGAACAAAGAAAAAAGAUGUGGCGCCUAAGAACUACGAGCUAACAAGAAAGUUUGACUUUAGCUGCAUAGAUACCGAGAUAGAGGAAAUUAACAAGGAGAGGAUCCGAUCACAAAAUAUAGACGAUGAAAGAGUUGCAAGAAGACGAUUCCAUGAGAUAGAAACUGCGAAUUCACUUGUUCACGUCCCAAACUUCAAGGAACUCGAAAAUAGAUACAUGCCUAUGACGCCUACUAAUGUUCCAGGAACUUUUCCUAAAGCGCCUUUAUAUAUAUUUGAGAACCAGGAUGUGUUCAAAAAGCUUGACACUGACACACUUUUUUUUAUUUUCUAUUCACAGCUAGGCACAAUCCAACAGUACUAUGCUGCAACCCAGCUGAAGCUGUAUUCAUGGAGAUUUCAUACGAAGUAUUUCACAUGGUUCCAACGCCUGGAUGAGCCAAAACUAAUUACGUCAGAUUAUGAAAGAGGCGACUUUCUGUUUUUUGACUAUGAUGUAACAUGGUCAUUCAUGAAGAAGAGCGACUUUACAUUUGAAUAUAAAUAUCUUGAAUGCUCUGAAUGGUAG